AUAAAAAUUCAAAAAAUUAAUCACCAAUAGGAAGUCUUUGGAAGUACCGCAUUUCCAGCAAAAAAACAGUUAUCAAAAUGAAGAUGAAGCAUAAGAAUCUCCUCAAUCGCCGCUCUCCCUUUCCUUGUCACUUUCUCUCUCUACCACAAACAGACCACUCUCUCUCUCCCCCUUCUUAUUUUUUUCUCCAGUUUAUAGUUUCCACCGAUUCCCACAUUCCCCUCCUCCCACAUUGCUUUCGUCUUUUGUUCCAGAGAAAUCCAUUACUUCAAAUUUCAUUUCACCAUGGCGGCGGAGGCGGCGACGGCUCGCGAGGAGAACGUGUACAUGGCCAAGCUGGCGGAGCAGGCGGAGCGCUACGAGGAAAUGGUUGAGUUCAUGGAGAAGGUCUCCGCCUCUCUGCCGGAAAACGACGAGCUGACGGUGGAGGAAAGGAACCUCCUCUCCGUGGCAUACAAAAACGUGAUCGGAGCGCGGCGGGCGUCGUGGAGGAUCAUAUCCUCCAUCGAGCAGAAGGAGGAGUCGAGGGGGAACGAGGACCACGUCGCCACCAUCAAGGGUUACAGAUCCAAAAUCGAGUCUGAGCUCGCCGGAAUCUGCGACGGCAUCCUCAAGCUCCUCGACACCCGCCUCAUCCCCGCCGCUUCCGCCGGCGAUUCCAAGGUCUUCUACCUCAAAAUGAAGGGCGACUACCACAGGUACUUGGCCGAGUUCAAAACCGGCGCCGAGAGAAAAGAGGCCGCCGAAAGCACCCUCACCGCCUACAAGGCCGCUCAGGAUAUUGCAAAUGCAGAACUCGCCCCAACGCACCCGAUCCGACUCGGAUUGGCUCUCAAUUUCUCUGUCUUCUACUACGAGAUUUUGAACUCUCCAGACCGUGCUUGUAACCUUGCAAAACAGGCCUUUGAUGAAGCAAUAGCAGAGUUGGAUACACUGGGCGAGGAGUCGUACAAAGAUAGCACCUUGAUUAUGCAACUUCUUCGUGACAACCUCACUCUCUGGACCUCCGACAUGCAGGACGAUGGAGCUGAUGAAAUCAAAGAAGCUGCCAAACCCGAGGAAGGGCAACAAUCAGGAAACUAAUAUCUAUAUUGGAGGCUUUUCUUGCACAAUUUUUUUUUUUUUUCUGUUCAAUUUUCCUCUUUUACAUGUGCUUUCGAGUUUAUCUAGGAGUUGUUAUUUAUCGUUCCCAAGUUAUGAUCCAUAUAAAUCCUCUUUCACAAAGCCCGUAAUUUAAUGAUCCGAAUUUACAAAUUCUAUAUAUUUCCGCGGUAUAUCUCAGUUGUCGCUUCUGCAGUAGGGCAAUUUGUACGAUUUCAAAUAAAACAUCGAUUAUCCCUUCAUAGCUUCCUCCGGCAAAUAGUGAAAAAUGCAGUUUCUUCUUGUACUUUUCAUUCCAUUUUGCGAUUGAAGAUGAAUAAAAUAACAAGUUGUUUCUCGGAUGGAAA